UGAUGUCAACUUCAUAUCUGGUGACGAUCGUCAGCGUUCUGCAGUUGCUCAGCUACGCAGAUACGAUUUUCAUUUCUUAUGAAGACGCUCGCAAAGCAGUUAUACAAGCCGAGGAUCAGCUGAUUGUCGGCGCCCGCAUACAUCUCAACGAUAUGGAGGAUAAGGUCAAUGACAUGUUUAUGCGCUACAAGUAUGACGAAUUGGGUGCAGGAUUCUACGAUCCGGAUGUAAAUGCAGCUGGAUUGCAUUUCUUCAAGGGCAAGAAGCUCGUCGAACAAAGCAAGGUGUUGAAAUUUCUCAAGCGCAUGCCGAAGGGUGCCAUUUUGCAUUUGCACAACACGGCCAGUGUUAGCUCCGAGUGGAUGAUGCGCAACAUUUCCUAUAUGCCAGGCUUGCUGCGCUGCACCAACAAAGAGGGUACCAGCAUAUUGAGUUUUCGGCGGACGGCACGCGAUCACGGCUGUGCGACGCAGUACGUGCGUGUAAGUGAUGAACGUGCGCGAUCGCUUAGUCCAGCUACGUACGAUCGAAGUUUUGAGAAGUUGAUCAAUUUGUAUACGCCAGUACCGGAAUAUGAUUAUCCGACGAUCAAGCAUGUGUGGCGCAAGUUUCAGAAUAUGUUUGCGACCACCAAUGAUGCCCUGCGCUAUUUGCCGGCAUUUCGUGCCUAUAGUUGGCGCAUGCUGGAGGAAAUGUACGAGGAUAAUGUGAUGUAUGCGGAAUUGCGCAUGGAUUUUAAGGAGUUGUACGACUACAGCGGCCGCACAUUUUCGUCAGAACGCACAGUGCAUGAAUUGCUGACCAUUGUCGAGGACUUUCGACGUCAGUAUCCAAGUUUUAUGGGCGUCAAGGCGAUUUUCUCAACGCAUCGCGAUGUUGAACGCACUCGUGUCUCUGAAAAGUUCGAAAAGUUCAAGAGCUUGCACAAGGCGCACACUGAUUUCAUUAUCGGUUUCGAUUUGGUCGGCCAGGAGGAUCGUGGUAAGCCGCUGCACAAUUUCGUAGCUGAAUUGGCGGAUUUACCGCGGAGCGCGAAGUACUUUUUCCAUGCAGGCGAGACGAAUUGGUAUGGCGCCGCUACAGACAUGAACCUCCUAGACGCUCUAUUGCUCAACACCACACGCAUCGGUCAUGGCUAUGCAUUGCUAAAGCAUCCAGUAUUGUGGAACGCAGUCAAGAGACGCGACGUUGCGAUCGAAGUGAGUCCCAUAUCGAAUCAAGUUUUACAUCUGGUCACCGAUCUGCGCAAUCAUCCGGCUAGUUUUUAUAUGUCUCAAAAUCUGCCAAUGGUUAUCUGUAACGACGACCCCGGCUUCUGGGGUACCAAAGGUCUAAGCUACGACUUCUACUACACCAUUAUGAGUUUGGCACCAAAUCAUGUGGGACUGAAAACACUUAAGGGCCUUGUUUGGAAUUCGAUACGGUACUCAGUUAUGAAUGAAAACGAAAGCAGGACGGCCUUUGAGAAUUUGGAACUCGCCUGGGAGCGGUUUGUCAGUGAUGUGGUACAAGGAAAAGUCUUUUGAUUUAUGUACUCUUACAUAGUUACAGAUUCACCUUACGCUAAGUUAGGUCAUUAUGUGAUUAUCAGAUGUUAAAAUGUGAAUAAACA